AUGGUUUUAUGUGGAGAAUUAAUGAAAAAAGAAUGGAAUGAAUUCGAAUUUGGACAUUAUAGAUGUGCGGCACAUAUUCUUAAUAUUGCAGUUAAUCAUGGAAUGCAACUUCAAACCACAUUAAUAGAAAAAGAAAAUUAUAUUACACCUAAAAUAGAUAUAAUUACAUGCUGGAACAGUACUUAUGAUAUGCUUUAUCGAUUCAAACAAAUGCGUGCUGAGCUAGAUCUUCUUGUGACAAAACAUCACUUUGAAUAUAUUUUUCUUAAUCAAAAUGAGUGGAAGCAAAUUAAUACCAUAAUUGAACUCCAUUAUCCUAUACUUGAAGCUACUAUAUUACUUUCAUCUAGUUCAUAUCCAAUAAUAUCUGAUAUUCGUUUAUCUUUUGGAGGAAUUCUUCGACAUCUUGAUAGAUUUAUUAAUGAUGAAUUACAUUCUGAACAAGAAUGUAUGAUUGCAGAUUCUAUACGAUAUAAGCUAAAUGAAUAUUGGUUGCUUCUGGAUAAAUCAAUUACAAUAGCCGCAAUUCUUGAUCCAUCAUCAAAACUUACAACAUUUUUAUCUGAUGAAAAAAGAAAUAGGGCUAUUACAGAUUUACGUUAUAUAAUGAAUCAAUAUACUCCACAAAUUUCCAAAACAAAUACUACUUCUUCGAAAAACAAAAAAAGAUCAUUUUUUAAAUUGUUAUUAGAACAACAACAAACAAAUGAAUUACCACCAGAGGAAUUAGAAUUAUAUUUAUCUUUACUAUCAUGUUCUGAUGAAGAUACUCUUAACUGA